AUGCCACCAUCAACAUACACACUCUACGCCAACCCCUCAGACAACAUCCCCUACCCCUCCUCCAGCACCCGCCUCCCCGUCCCCCACGGCCUCUAUUUCCUGUGUACCGGCUUGCUCGCGCUGGGUCUGUGGUAUACUUUUGAUCAUCUCACUUUUCGGAAAACCCCCUCGAAUGAAGAUGCUGAGAUGGAUAAUAUUGACGGGAUUGAUGGCGAGCGAAAGACGAAGAUCGUGGUGGUAUUCGAUGAUGUGGCGGAGAUUGAGGAGGUUGUCAAGGAGAUUUUUCGGGGGUUGGAUGAGGGAGACGCAGCAGAAGAGUAG